AUAUAUUUUUAUUAAGAAGCAAAUAUAAUGAAGUCUAUUUAUCUUUAGCUUGAAAAAUUAAGUUACAGUCGCAGAUUAAAGGGACACAUCUCUUUUGUGAAAAUAAGAAAAAGAGAACAAAAGAUCUAGACAGAGUGGUUAAGAAAUGAAGUUAUAGAAUGGACAUAUUAGGCAAGUGUUUUAGGGAAAAGAGACAAUGAGGUGUACUGUAAAGAGAUGGAAGAGAUGAGCCACAUUGUGUAAUCCCCUGACUGUCUGAUCUUAUCUGUGUUGUUCUUUGAAGGAGACUCUAUUGUUGAUACAGACAUUUAAAUUAGAAAUACUUUUGAACUAGCCUCUGGAACUGUUUGCUUCUUCAUAAAAGGAAGAUUAGGUGGAGUUGUUGAGAAGAUUGAUUGAAAAAAAUUCUGUCAGCAGAAAGUGUUUGUAUAGUUUAGUAGACGGAAAUUUACGAAAAUGUCAUUAAUUCCCAUAUCUGAACUUAAAUGCACAGACUACGCUGGAAAAGAAAUUCUUAAUGGUCAAGUCUAUCAACCUAAAAGUGACCCCUGCUACCAGUGCACAUGUAGUAAUGGGUUUGCCACCAUGUGCAAGUCUGUGUCCUGCAUUCCCCCCACUGACUGCCGUAACCCUGUCAUGAUAGAGGGCACCUGCUGUAAAUUCAGUUGUGAUGAGGAUAACGGUGGGGGACAUGGUCACUUCCCUACUGUCAACUCCACUGACCCUACCAGGAAAAACAAUGAUAAUGUGAAUAGUGACAACAUGACGACCCUGGGUCUUAGAUUAGUGGCUAGCACCAUCACCUCGUUUCUGGUCCUCGCUCUUCUUCUCUUCAUGGGUCAUCGCCUCAGACAACGAAGACUUCUUCAGGCCAUGCGUAGAUACAGAGACAGUAGACGAAGAGAAAGGCUUGAUGAAGGAGACAUUGACAGCUUUUCACCAGAAUUCUUUGGUUUUGAAUGUCCCUCUUAUGAUGAUCCACCCCCUCCAUACACCCCUCCAAAGCCCCCUGAUCAAGAGUUCCCAAGGGAAGCCCCUCCUCCGUAUGAAGCAGUAGAAAGUUCAAACAAUAAUAACAAUGCAUCUUCACCAUGCCCUAAUAACAACAACAACAUAGGGUGUCAAACCUCACCACAUACAGUGCAAGGUACUGAAACUUCAUCAAGUACCAGAGGAGCAGAACAUAUACCCACUCUGUCACAUUCUUGCAAUCAAAUUGUUCAAAGACAUCAUUCUCUACCAGGGUAUUCAGAGCACGACCCAGAGUCUUCCCAUUCUAGGAGUUGUGAAAAUCAAAGCGACAGGCAUGGGAACUUUAGAUUUUCUCUGCCUUGGCUUAGACAAACCAGACAAACACAAAGGGGUACUCAGACACUGCCAACAUACAACAGGCACACUGAUCAAGUAAACUUUUCUCCUGAUUUGUUAGAGCUGUGGGAGGAUACUUCUACCGCCACCACCACUUCAGAGAUUCAAGACCGGUCUAGACUGCCGCCAACUGGUGGCAGAUAUGUGCAACAUGGUCAUAUCUCAGAACUAAGUGACACUGAUGAUCUGUCAACAGAGAGUGGUACUCAAACCGAUCGGUAUGUCCAAACUAGCCGCCACAGCUACGGUUGUCUGCCAGCAGUCUCCACCUUCAAUGCUAACAGACCUCAUCCACCUCUGCGGAGGGAGGGCAAUGCAGGGCAGGAUGUUUCUUCUUCUUUUGAUGAAGUGAGCUUCCAUGGGAGUGAGACAAGGAGUGUUGGUGUCUCCCAUUCCUCUUAUAAUAAUUCAGCCGAAGCCAGCAAUGAACAGUGUGUUGGAGCUACAAACAUCUUGGAAAAUGAUUCUGUUCUGGAAGCAGAAGACAAUAGAAGGAAAUUAGAACAAAUUCAUGACUCUCAAAAUCUGAGAAUUCUGAGGUUGUCUAAACUUUUACAGCAGUCUUCAGAUUCUUCUGAAUCUGCUUGUGGCCAUUCAUGCUUGAAUAGUUAUCAAAAUAUUCAAAAAUCGCAGUCUACCCACUCUGGUUUGUCUGUCUGUUCGGAGACCGGUGAAAAGAAACUGUCUGUUGUGGAAGAGAGUGCCCUCAGUAACGAUGUCCAGUAUCCAUGUUCUGGAAGAAUGCCAUCCACACUGACCAAUGCAGACACUCCAUCUUGUUGUGGAAUCUCUGAUAAUUGUGGCUCAAGUGAUUGUUCAUCUGGUAUAAUGCCCUGUGAUCACGGAAGGUGUUCAUGUGAAAGUAGCGCAAGGUUCACUCCAAUUUCUCAACCAAAUCGUUCAUUUUCACCACAAAGUGUGUCAUCUUUUGAAAGAAACAAUAAUUCCGUACUAAAUUCUUCCACUGAUUCUAGUAACAAAGACAGCAGAAGAACAGAAACAGUGUCAAAGAAACAGAAAAGACAGUCAACUCAGUCCAAGUAUUACAAUGAUCAAAGCAAUGGAAAUUACAACAGGAACGGAAGAUCCUCUUCUGCUCCUCCUAGACAGUUAUCUUUUAUUGAUGAGCUAAAAAGUAGAAAUAGAAAUAUUUCUGAAACCUCUCCUGGGCCUACAGCCCCUGACUCUAAUGGUUGUUCCACAAGUGCUCCCACAUGCAAUGAUAGUUCAGAAAUCUGUGAUAGUCCCUGGCAUUCAGCUUCCGUAAAGAGAAACAACAGCUCUGUCUCUCAUAAGUCGUCCUCCCAAAGUAGCAGCCAUAGCAGCCACUCGGGGGAUGGCCUGCUCAUCUGUCCGCGCAAGAAAAAAUCUCGCUCAGCCAAGCGGAGUCGAAGUAAAAAGACUUCUGAUAAAAGAAAAUCUGUGCAGAACACUGAAACUGAAAACUCAGAAAACAAACAGUGUAGUCUGGUCUAAGCGUGGCCAUUUUAUUAUGAGUCAGUUAUAAGUUGUCAAAUUAUUGCAGUUGUUACUAUUAAAUAGUUGUUAAAUAUAAGUUUCUUAAACCAUGAAAAACAAAGUGCUGUAUAUGUAACAGUUUACCAAAGUAGCCAUUUUGUUUGCUUUUUAUUUUAUCAUAUAUGUAUAACAUAGAUUAUAAGUUUUAUUCUUUGACUAAAAUUAUUAUUGCUUUUAGUUUUUUUUUUGCAUAUCUUUGUUCACCGUUUUAAUUUAAAGUACCUAAUCAAGAUGGAAUUAAUACCCUUUUAUAUAUCACAAAAUACAAAUUGUUCCAAGACUUCUGCACCGAAACUGCCAAGUUGUUUAUUGUUUGACUUGCUAAGAGGUUUAGAAUCUGUGCAGUUACAUUCACUGAUUUUUUUUUCUUUUAGUUUUGAAUUUGAUGAUUUUAUGAAAUAAUGAAUUACUUUUCAAUUUAAAAUCUUUUGUCCAUUGAAUGUAUUUGUGAGUGAUAAAAUUUGUUAGUGAUGUAACACUUGGG